AUGCUCAAUGCCACUAGAAUAACAGGGUUCAUCCUUAUGGGAUUCUCGGUUGCUCCUGAACUACAGACUGUGUGUGGGCUGUUCUUGCUGGUAAUGUACCUAGCAGUCAUAAUGAGUAACCUACUUCUCAUCACGCUCAUCACCCUGGAUCUGAAACUCCAAACACCCAUGUACUUUUUCUUGAAGAAUUUGUCCCUGUUGGAUGUAUUCUUUAUUUCUGUUCCAAUCCCAAAUUUCUUUAUCAAUAGCAUAACUCACAAUAAUUCAAUUUCUAUUCUGGGUUGUGCCCUCCAAUUGUUUUUAAUGACUUCUUUUGGAGCUGGAGACGUAUUUGUCCUAACAGCCAUGUCAUAUGACCGCUAUGUUGCCAUCUGCUGUCCCCUACACUAUGAGACCAUCAUGAGUAGUCGUAACUGUAUGCUGAUGGUGGGUGUUUCCUGGGCUACUGGAAUUCUGUUUGGAGCUUUAUACACAGCUGGCACAUUUUCCAUGCCUUUCUGUGGCUCCAUGGUGAUCCCACAGUUUUUCUGUGAUGUUCCCUCAUUGUUAAGGAUCUCCUGCUCUGACACACUUGUGGUCAUUUAUAUAAGUCUUGGAAUUGGUUUUUGUCUGGGCAUGGUUUGUAUCAUAUGUGUUGUGCUCUCUUACUUUUACAUUUUCUCCACUGUGCUGAAGAUUCCUACCACUAAAGGUCAGUACAAAGCAUUUGGCACCUGUAUCCCCCAUCUCACUGUUUUCAGUGUUUUCAUUGCUACUGCUUGCUUUGUCAAUCUGAAGCCACCCUCACGUUCAGCAUCAAUUGCAGACAGUCUGUUUUCUGUGCUAUAUACUGUGUUGCCUCCAGCACUUAAUCCUGUGAUUUACAGCCUGAGAAAUACUGAUGUCAAGUGUGCUUUGAGGAGUUUGCAAAAAAUUCUCUGCCCAAGGGAUUCACUUCACUUAAGAGUUCUAAGUAUCUGUCCAUGGUAUAGUGCCUCACAUUUUACAACCAAGCUUUGUAAUUAUUGA